CUCAGGUAAUACUCCAUCGAUCAUCUAAAAUGUAUGCUAGCUUUGUAGAAACAUAAUUCUAAAACGGGAGAUACAAAUAAGCCCGCUUGCGUAAUUAGGUACAUAGAAUCAUGUAAAGGUUAUCGAUUGCGAUAUAAAAGCAUAAUAUAAGUCAUGGUUAGGCAGUUAUCGAAAAACAUUAUUAAGCGUAACAUAAAUUUGGAUUAAUUUUUGAAAAUGAAAACUUGCAAUAAUGUCAAUUAUAUACAAUUUUGUCUGUAUCUUUUCGUCGUAGUUAUUAAAGCAAGUAGUUUAAAUAUUAUUAAAGUGGAUGAACAAGCAAUAUGUGGAAUUAAAAUGUCAUGUCUAGAGUGUCUCCGAUUAGCUCAUUGUUCCUGGUGUCCCAUUGAAAAUAAAUGUUUCUCAGAAAAAAUGCCAACAUAUGAAAAUUAUUGCGAGACAGAGAAAAUUCGUCACCCAAACUAUGAAAUGAGUUUAGAAGAUAAUGCUAUUUGUGCCUGUGCUGGUGGUAAAUUGGAAAACAAUUGCCACCGCCCGGGCAUAGCAGGAGCGGAAUGUUCAGGUCGUGGAUCGUGUAUAUGUGGGCGAUGUUUUUGUAAUGUUAAUCCUGAUCCUGCUCAUCCGAGCAAGGCUAUCAUGGGAGAAUAUUGUGAAUACGAUAACUUCUCUUGUGAUGAUCCAAAAUGCAGCGAAGGACCCUAUCAUAUUUAUGAUUUGAUGGCGAACGAACAAAAUAACUAUGAAGAAAUUGAGAAACAGUAAUUUGUUAAGAAAAUGUAUUCAUAAACUCAUAGUAUUUUUAUAUAAGCAUAUUUGAUAAUUGUAGGUAGCUGCCGAUUUUUUAAUCUAGAUUAAACUAUUUUAAAAGUUACAAUUAAUGUAUUUCUAAUUAUUUCGAAAGUAGAAAUACUUUCGGAUUUGAUCUAUGAUCAAUCGAUAUCGUUUUAGUUAAAUAAAAUACUUAGUCAAAGUAAUAACCCCAUGCAGUGGCUGCAAUAAACGCGUCACACGAAGAACUUUAUACUCACCAGAUUCCUGAUAAUACUAUGUUUAUUAAAAAAAAACAUAUUUUUUAACAUCGAACCCAAUGAUAUAUAUAUAUCUUUACAUAUAUAUAAAGAAACGUGGUUCCAUUAAUAAUAAGGUUAAAAAAUUUCGGAACUUUGUGUACAUCGUUUUCUUUCACGGCGAUCACUUAACAAGUCAAAUAAUAUUUUCUCGUAUAUCGUCUUACAACUACGAGCCACGCAUUCGCGGGCUAUAUACAUAUAAAAUACUAGUUGAAAUGUAUUUUUAAUUGUGCCGAAUUUUUGACGUAUAAUAUUUAAAUUAUUAGGAGUCACAGAAAGUCUAAUGCAGAUAGCAUUAGACUUUCUGUGACUGUUGGACUGCAACGUAAAAAAUCGGCGGCAGGAGUUUUAGAGCUACGGCACGCUAAGUCACAAGUGGCCGCCACUAAAUGCGACCACAAGUGGUUAGGUCAAAUCACUAGACGCAAUCACUAAUCUUCUACAAUUUGUGGCAGUUGAUUAAUUUGUUUUGAUACUUAACUAAACAAAUUAAUCGACACAUUACUAACUUCAAAAUUGAGCCUUGGGCAACAUUUUGUGCUACUCGGCCUAAAACGUAUCAACGCCGCUGUCAAGCGAACCCGUGACGCUCCCCGAAUAAACUGCAUGGGUACCGCUGGUUUUUAGAGGGUUUUCCGUAAGUAUCGCAACAGGUGAGUCCCACAUAUCUCCAAUUCUGUGUUAACGUGCUCGAAAAGAGUAAAUGUAGAACAAAACAGGGAAAAACCGUCUUAUUUUGGGUUUAAGCUUGUUCCGUACCAAAUUUUAUCAAAAUAGUUCAGUAGUUUAGAUGUGAAGGAUAGACGGAUAGGUUACUAGGUAUUUAUAACUUUAUUCAAAGUAUAUAAUAUAAUUCAAGCUUGAUAAUAAUUCUCCAAGAAAUAUAUUUCUCAAUAACUUGUAAACAUCUAAUUAUUUCUCGUGACAGAUCAAACUUUAAAAAAAAAAUAUGUACAUAUGUAUAUGUAUUCGUGCCAGUCUUAAA